UGACAUAGUCCGCAGCGCCUCUAGUGGUUGGUUAAUCGAUUGGAUUGUUGGUGCAGGAAAUUGCAGUUUUUCACUCUAUUUCGCAAAGAAAACUAUCCAUUUUGUGCUCGAUGUCAAUGUGAAUACCUUCUCCAACCUCCUAACAUACCCAGUGAUACAGCCCAAUUGGAAUCUGAUGAGUGAUAAGAGGUGAGGUUCCUUGUUUUUGAUUACUUUUCUUGCCUGUGUGUGCGCAAAAUGUCAUUCAACUCCUCCAAUUGGGGCCCAACUUUCUAUUUGAGAUUCUGUCUCGCUGCACUAUUCGCGAUUGAUGGAGGUAAAAAAAAGAGCCGUGGCGUGAGUGCGGGAAGAGAAAAAGAGCAUGUAAUUCACUGCGGUGUGAUUCCGAUUGCAAGUGGACGGGCUUUUCAUUUAAUAUAGCUUUUAUGAAGGUGCGGGCAUCACAGCCCAAUUAGCUGUGCAGACCAUUCGUCGGCGGUGACAAUUUGUCGAUGCUGGCAAAAAAAAGUUUCUUCUGUGUGGCUGCUCGCAAGGCCAUUCAAAAUAAUCAUGAAAAAAUUUAUAAUGGUCCAAUUUCCGGGUGCAAUAAAAAAGUUAAAAGGCGCCUGCUUUGUCCAAUUCGCUUUUAGCCCGAAGAACUCACGAAAGGAGGACGAAGUUAAUGUGACAAUAUUUUAAAAAAUUGUUGACAUUUUUAUAACUGGCGAAAUUCUAAUUAGAAUUUUUAUUAUAAAAGAAUUUAGACUCAUUGAAAACUAAUAAGAAAGUCCAAAAUCUUUAGAAUCCUAUAAGAAUCAAUACAUCCGAGAUAAAUUAUUCAAAGGACAAAUAUGAAUUUUUAUUUUCAAUAUUUUUCUGUUCCUUUGAUUAAAAAGAAAAUUCAAACAAUACAAAAAAAUCAAUCUCAUUUCUUAAUUUAUUGACCUGCAGUAAACCAUUUCUUUAAGAAUUCCGGUAAGAUGUUUUCUCACCUUGUCAGCCUCUGGCGAUAGGCGCAAGCGUGCUGAGAGGACCCAAAAAUCUCACAACAUGCAAAAAUAGCAUUAAAUAAACAUAUCGAUUGACUUCCAGUUGGUUUUUGUGAGAAGAAUAGUUUUUACUCAUUUCUGUCAAACCCACGGUGAGUCAUCUGGCGCUUGUCAGAGUCACAUUCGUGUGGUCUCGCGUCCACUUUGCCAUUUAUUGGUUUUGCUUUGAAGUCGGUGUGACAAGAAGUUUGCCUCCUGUGGGGGCGGAUUUUGUGAAUUUUAUUAAAUUAUAUCAUCUGGAUAAAAUUCAUCUGCUACGAAGAUGUUCCUGUCAUCAGCAAUAAAUCAAUAUAGAAUUCGUAAAAUCGAGAGUAUUGGCAAAAUGACGCAGAUGACGCAGGAGGAGAUUGUCGCUAAUACUAAAACAGUCCUACAAGGGCUUGAAGCUCUCCGUGUUGAACAUGUCUCCCUGAUGGCUGGCCUCUUAGAGGCACGGCAUGACACCGAAAAGUCUGAUAUUGUCCAGAAGAAUAUUGACAGUAUCGAAUUGGGUGUGGGAGAGGCUCAGGUGAUGCUGGCACUUGUCUCUCAUCUGCAGAAUGUUGAGGCUGAGAAGCAGAAACUUCGUACACAGGUACGUCGUCUCUGUCAGGAAAAUGCCUGGUUACGGGAUGAGCUGGCGAAUACGCAGCAAAAGCUUCAGGCAUCUGAGCAGACAGUGGCGCAACUUGAGGAGGAGAAGAAGCAUUUGGAAUUCAUAAAUUCCAUUCGCAAAUACGAUGAGAAUCAGGAACAAGAGGAGGGUGGGGAUAAACCACGAGCAGAUCCCGUUGUGGAGCUAUUUCCGGAAGAUGAACCAGAGGAGCGACACAAUAUGUCCCCAACUCCUCCCAUUCAGUUCGCCAAUCAAGCGAAUGCCGGCUAUGAAAUUCCCGCUCGUCUUCGUACACUCCACAAUUUGGUCAUUCAGUAUGCUUCACAAGGUCGCUAUGAGGUUGCCGUACCACUGUGCAAGCAGGCCCUGGAGGAUUUGGAGAAAACAAGUGGACACGAUCAUCCCGAUGUGGCUACAAUGCUGAAUAUCCUGGCGCUUGUGUAUCGUGAUCAAAAUAAGUAUAAGGAGGCUGCCAAUCUACUCAAUGAUGCCUUGACAAUUCGUGAGAAGACUCUCGGUGAGAAUCAUCCAGCUGUUGCGGCCACACUCAAUAAUUUGGCAGUUCUUUAUGGUAAACGUGGCAAGUACAAGGAUGCUGAGCCACUUUGCAAAAGAGCUCUCGAAAUUCGUGAGAAAGUUUUGGGUGUUGAUCAUCCGGAUGUGGCGAAGCAACUAAAUAAUCUGGCUCUCUUGUGUCAAAAUCAAAAUAAGUAUGAAGAAGUUGAGCUCUACUAUCAGCGGGCACUGGAGAUCUAUGAGUGUAAACUCGGACCUGAUGACCCGAAUGUGGCAAAGACAAAGAACAAUCUUGCCAGUUGCUUCCUCAAGCAGGGGAAAUACAAGGAAGCCGAAGUGCUCUACAAGCAGGUCUUAACGAGGGCGCAUGAAAGGGAAUUCGGGACCAUUGAUGGUGAUAACAAGCCAAUCUGGCAGGUCGCCGAAGAACGUGAGGAAAAUAAGUUAAAAAACCGCGAGAAUACACCAUACGGUGAGUACGGUGGGUGGCAUAAAGCGGCCAAAGUGGAUUCCCCAACAGUUACGACAACCCUGAAGAAUCUCGGAGCCCUCUACCGUCGUCAGGGCAAGUAUGAGGCGGCAGAGACGCUAGAGGAUUGUGCUCUGCGGAGCAAGAAGGAGGCGCUGGAUCUCGUGAAGCAGGUGAAAGUGGCGCAAAUCCUUGGCAGUGAUGAUAAGAGGCGGUCGUCGAAACACACAAAGGGCCCUUCGGGCAGUGAAUCCAUGGAGAGUGCCUCAAUGGAGGAGAGUGCUAAGCGAGUAUCGCGACCUUAACAUGAGUUUGCUGCGGGAAAAAUUUGUCUUUUUUAUUAUAUUCUAAUUUAAAAUGAGAAAAAAAGUAUAUUAUUGACUCUAAUUAUAUUAUUUUCAAAUUUAUGUAAAGAAGUUAAGGAUAGCAGAUUUAUAUAAAAAGAAAACAAAUAAUGCAGAGUAUAAGUAAUCCCUCACUCCACACAAUUUGUUUUUCCAUCUCAAAACAUUUUUUUUACGUUGCAAUUCCUUCCCUUUUUUAACAAACAAAAAAAUAUUUAUUACAAAAAAAAUCAAACUUAUAUUGUGAAUAAGAUGUUUCAGCUAGAAGGAGAAUGAUUUUAAGAGAAAAAAAAUAUUAUUUUGUAAUUUGCAGUAGUGGAUGGAGAAUAAUACUGUUACGAAAUGUCUCUGAAUUUAAAA